ACCACCACCCACACCAUGUGGCCAGGAAACAGAAGCAACCUUCAUGAAGUUCUAACAUACGUCUCUUUAGCACUGCUGGAAAUGGAUUAUCUCGCUUUCUUUGUUGCUGCUGUUCUACUAUCAUAUGAAAGUUGUAUUGCAAUCACAGUGGAAGGAAGACAUGUGGAUUCAACUGUGAAGCUUGGCAGCACUAUGACUCUUGAGUGUGUCUAUCCAAAGACUGCAACUAUAAUUCAGGUGUCAUGGAGCAAGGAAAAGGGCAAAGGCAAAGAAAACAUUGCAGUCUUCAAACUGCCUUAUGACCUAUACAUUGAGAGCAGAUACUUGUUCAGAGUUAAUGUUGGUAAUGUAACUACGAACAACAAGUCCCUCAUUUUUGACAACACUACUGAGGAAGACAUUGGAUUUUACUUAUGCUCCUUUCAAACCUUUCCACAUGGAACUUGGGAAAAAAGAAUACAGGUUGUGAGAUCAGAUGAGUUCAGUUCCCGAGUCUUUUUGGAUCCACAUGCUUUGGAAGGUUCCCUGGCUAUUGAACUGGGGGGAAAGAUCACCAUAACACAGUGGCAUGAUCCUGAUAUAGUUGUGAAUCGAGUGGUAUGGGAAUGGAUCCAAAUAGAUCAUGUGGACCUCAUAAGUCUGUGCCUUAAUUCCGCUAUGCCAAUAUAUGGUUCUGAUUACCAAGAGCGGGCAAAGACACACUGUGCCAACCAAGCAAACACCACCCUUGUUCUCUGGAAUAUCACAUUUUCUGAUUCUGGGAUAUACCGCUGUUCUUUCAGUGGAGGAAAUGGUAAAGAUGCAACUGGCUGGACAAAACUGAUUGUUAAAAGCAAUGAUCCUUUGGUUUCCAUACAACGUAUUGUUUAUAUCACUGGUGCUGCCAUCAUACUAUUAAUUAUCAUCUCAGCCAUUGUCAGGACUAUUCUUAAGCACAGAAAAAAGGAAAAGAAGGAAAGGAAGAAGAUGAAUGCCUUCUGUGUUGCUGAAACCCAGCUUUCACACAACUAUGGAGAAUCUGGAUGCCACCGCAAAGUAAAUGCAAGGAGACAACAAAACAUGACAACGUUUGAGAAAACAGAACCAGUAUAUGUGAACUACAAUGAUUAGACAUGAUUCUUACACAUACUGGAUAAGCAAGUGUAACUUCUUAGUGAACUAGCAAGCUCCACAGAAGUGUGUUGAUUUUACUGCUGGAACAAUCUGUCUGUAUUUUAUACUGUGAAAUUUUUCCUAUUCUAGAUUUUCUGUCAUCCUUUGAAACUGAAGGUUCUUCACAUAUGUAAAAUAAAAAAAUGUAUGAAAACUGUAAGUAUCUGCUAGGAAAUAAUGUAUAUACAUUGAACAAUAAUGACUCCGCAAGAAAAAAAAUAGACUUUGAUAACUGAAUAUAGAGGUGGACUAGAAAAUAAUGAUAGGGGCUAAUAAUGAGCCUGCAUUUUUUUCAUAGCCAAGUACCUAGUAGAUUAAAUGCCAUUUCCAAUAUGGUGGGCCAACUGCUAGUUUGGAGUCCAUGGAGGGCAUGCUGGGGCAAUAAUCAAUGCAGAGAAGUCAUCAUUCAGACUUUUCCAUUGAUUAAGGCCUAUCCUGCAGUCUGGGUUGAGUUUAGGGUCUAGCUUGAUGGAGCCAAAAUAAUGCAAAAGAAUCUCUGGAUCAAAAGUUAGCACUGCAUUCUGACUCAACUAGUUCCUUGCUGCCAAACUUACAGCAUGUUUCUCAUCAUGACAUGAUAAGAAUUGACCUGCUUUCAAAUGAACUAUAUUGUUAAUUAAUACUGUGUGUAUGUACUUUCUAUCUCCCUUCAUAGGAGCAAUCUAGUAAUUUGGUUGGCUACCCAAUUUGGAUAUUAUUAUGUUAUUUCAAACAUUGAGUUUAUCACUUUUUGCAGAUUAUUCCCAGUGUUUCAGCCACUGGUUGUAGGAUAAUUUUGUUGGAAGUAAGUGAGCAAGCAGUCAUACACAAGAUGAAGACUUUUGUGAGCUUCUGUAGCUCUUUUACUUUUAAAUUAUUUUGUUUUAUAGCUAAUAAGCAUCCUUGAUAUUUUAACUCAAACAUUUAUUUAUUAUUAAUUUAAAACAUUUAUAUUCACCCCUUCUCACCCCGAAAGGGACUCAGGGCAGAGCACAACAUUUAUCUGGCAAACAAUCAAUGCCGGAAGAUAAAAUACACUAUAAAUACAUAGGCACUAAAAUCCGUUAUGAUGCUUUGACAAUUUCUUCUGCCCCAAACUUUUCUGAUCCAUUGGGGAAAUGAAAAUAAAACCACACUGCACAUCUCAGCAUUCGUUUAAUCCGGUUUUAAUUCAAAUUUCAUAGAUGCUUUGGUUCACAGGGAAAACUGGAUCAUCACAUCACACAGAGCAGAAGGGCAAUGUAUUUAAUUCUUUCCAUUAAUAGAACAAGAAAUAACAGUAAAUGUACCAUUCAGUAAAAAAAAAAAAAGCAUCAGUGAACAGCAGCUGAAUGCCAUUUUAAAACAGUCAAAAUCCACUUUGCCCCAUACACAGUUAAUUUACUUUCUGUCCAUGACAAACAUCAGGGCAACCUUUUUUUCCAGAACCAACAGUUUCUUGCCGAAUUAGAUAUGCAUCACAUUCCUCCUCUCAAAUUGUCAAUGGUUUCAAAAUUGGGUUUUCUCUAAUGUGCUGUAUUUGACAGGUGAGAUUCUCUUAAGGAAAAAAAACCUAAGUAACCCACACCAAGAAGACUAUAACUUAAAAAAAAUCAAAUUGUGAUGUGAAAAGAGACAACAAAUAUGGUACUACAUUUUCCACCGUAUUCUCUAAGAAAACCACCAGAAAAACAAGAGGCUGGAUUUGGGAUAUAUGGAGCAGGUAGGGUUGGUUGGAAUUUCAAAUAUUUGGGCAACUGAUACUGAAUUUUAUGUUUUAGAUCUGUAUGUCCUCAACUCUAGUCCUCCAGGUGUUUUGCACUUCAGCUUCCAUCCACCUCAGCACUUUGGCCAAUAGUCAGAGACUCUGGGAGCUGAAAUCCAAAACCGCCAAAGGACCAAAGUUUGGAAAUCACUGUUUUAGAUACUUUUGAAGGGUGGAUAAGAAAUUCACUUUGUAAAUAAACCUAAGAGCAAUCAUCAGACAAGACAGUCAAGAAAAGACUUUGUGUCCUAUCUGCUAACUAUGCACUACUAAUAUAAUUACACAAUCAGAAAAUCACAUUUUAACUGUGGACUAGUUAACUGAAAAUAACCAUCUCUACUGUUGUGAUAAUUAACAUAGAUUAGAUUCCAUCUUUAAGAACAUUCUGAAAGUUUAAGAACACUCUUACCCUUCACUAUCUAAACAACUCUAUCUAUGCUUCUUGUCAAUGGUUAAAAUGAAAUAAAUUAGAGCUAAACUACACGGUACUUUAAGGAUGUAGAUAUCCCCCUUUUAAAAACAUCAAUCUUAUCACAUGGGCUCUGUUCUGUACAGGCAAUUGAGUGGACUGGUAGGUCUUAAACCCUUGGUCAACAACAAUACCUCGAUGUGUGCCAUGCCUGCAAUGUGGAUGGCUUUUACUGGAGUAGGUCUCUCAUGCUAACUUUUAUAUUAGGAAAAUAUGUACGUGGGAGUGGGCAAGGCAAUCACUAGCUAUUAAUGCAUCACAAAACUUGACCAUUACACAUUUCAAACAUCAACCUUUCUGUAAAAUGUUGUGCUUUUUAUUCAGCUUGGUUUGAGACCAUUUCCAUACCUCCCAUAGAAGAGGCCAUCUCCACAGCUCCAUCAAAUAGAUGGUCUGGAUGUGUUUGCUGAGUCAUCAUACAGCAAUGUUGCAUAGACUCAUGUAGAAGGUUACCUUUGCAGAUGUAGAAAUCUCUUACAUAUAUAUUAUUGUACUUUUUGUCUGUCCAAAACACGUUGGAAUAAUAAUUUGGCAUUCUUACAUCAAAAGAAACAUUUUGCUUUAUUACAUCCAUAGAAGCAUAUGAUGUCACUGGGGAAAUCAAGGAGCCCUCUUUUUAAAAAAAAUGCUAGGUCCUCUGAGUAUAAUUAUCCCCAGAACUUACAUAGUGAUAUCUUGGAGGACCUAGCACAUUCUUGGAGAGGAUAGCUCUUUAGCUCUUUCAAUGCAACUCUAUAAUAUGCUGGGACUGGAAGUGAGGUAGUUUAGUGGUGUUUAGUGGUAUUUGUGAUUCAUGCAUGUGAUUCUAGUCAGGAAUAUCUUCCCUGCAGAUACUGAAUUUCUAAGCAGUAGGAGGAUAUACAUCAACCUGGAUUGCUUGAAAAAUAGAAGCACAACAUAUAUGGAUUGGGCAUGUCUAUGUAUAAAACAUAAAAUAAGUCUAGGGUCUAAGGGCAGAGGUGGCUUCUAAAAAACAAAUAAAGGAUGCUAAACAAAGAUUGAUGUAAUGUUUAAGAAUGAGUGCAUGGGAAUGGGGCCAAUUUUCCUUGGCUGCACAAAAACACAGACUCUGGGUGUUUAUUAGUGGUGUGCAUUCAUACAGAAUUGCUGUUCGUUUUGUGUAGUUUCAUUUGUGUUGUCUCAUUUUUGUAUUUGUGUCCUGCUAAUGAAAUUGGGCUGCCUCUAUGACAAUUUUUCAUCUGGCUUACAAAAAAAUUGAAAAUUUUCAGACCAUUGGCUGCAAUGGGAAGGCUUCCGAGGCUCACCCUCCCCCCCACUCGGUUUUUGGGCUAGAGGGCUGAAAAUCGCUACACAUGGACGGCAUUUCCACCCCUUUUAGCCCACCAACUUUUAAAAUGUUUGGAUCUUCCCCAGAGUGUUGUUGUUGUUAUUAUUAUUAUUAUUAUCAAGACCCAUGGAUACACAUCAAAUGUAAUUGGCAGGCAAUGCUCUCCCAGAUUCAGCUUAGGGUGCCAGAAUAACUGCUAUUCUUAAUAUUAAUAUAAAUGUUAUUAUCAAAAACCAUGGAUACACAUCAGCUGUAAUGGGGAAGCAGCCCUUUGUCAGUACCUGCUUAUUGUUACGGGGCCCAAACAAAAGGAAAACAAAGCAAGCAUGAUGAUCGUACAGCUUUUAUUUUCAUGUCGCCUCUUGUUUCCUACGAAAAUGUCACCAUUUGUUUUGUGUAGAGCAGUGGUUCCCAAACUUAUAUGGCCUACUGACCCUUUCCAGAAAAAAUAUUACUCAGUGCCCCCUGGAAAUUAUUUUUUAAAUUUUUAAAAUAGCAAUUAAACAGAAAGAUAUAUGUAUUAAUGCAUAUGGCAAAUGCACCUAUGGCCAUCACCACCCCCCUGGAUUGCUGCAGCACCCAGCAGAGGGUGGUAGCGCCCACUUUGGGAAUCACUGGUGUAGAGGAAUGGUCAAAAUAAAACGAUAGCAUGAAGGAAACAAA